ACGGCUAUUAUCGUGGAAAGUGAAAACCGCCCCAUACGGUUCAGUACAACAUCGCGUCGCGAACAUGACUGAUCUUUAAACUCUUAGUUACGCCUUUUCGAUAUUACUUCGGAAUAUGAACGGUUCGUUAUCAGAAGAAAUUCUACACGCGACAAAUGUAACUUUAGAACAGUGCAAGGCGCAAUAUGCUAAUGACACUUUUGUGUUGUCGGACGCAUAUCCCGAGGGAUUCUGUAAAGUCACCUUUGAUGGCGUUGUGUGUUGGCCGCCGACACCCCACAAUCACACCGCCACGAUCAAAUGCUUCUCCGAGUUAUUCGCCAUCAAAUAUGAUGACACACAAAAUGCAACAAGGGUUUGCCUGUCGGACGGUACGUGGUCGAAGUCCGACUACACUGGUUGCAAAGAAAUUAUUACUCUACCUGCCGACGUUGAAACUCAAACAACAAUUUACUUCUUUGGAUAUACUCUGAGUUUGGUCACUCUAGCCAUAGCUGUAACGAUUUUCCGAUAUUUCAAAGAACUUCGUUGUUUGAGGAACACCAUACACAUGAACCUGAUGUUUUCGUAUAUGCUCACAUAUUGUAUGUGGAUUGUUACGCUUAUUUCGUUAAAUUUUGAAGGAAGCAUCUUGUGCAUCAUAAUUGUUACAUUACUUCAUUACUUCCAUAUUACUACUUUCUUCUGGAUGUUCGUGGAAGGUCUCUACCUUUAUAUUCUCGUCGUGGAGACGCUCACCAGAGAGAAUUUUAAAUUAAGGGUGUACGUUUUCAUCGGAUGGGGAUUACCAAUGGUGUUUGUACUGAUUUGGGCUGCUGUCAAAUCUUUUGUACCUUUUGAUCCAGAAAAUACCAACAACUGCCGUUGGUUCGAAAGCAACACAAUCGACUGGAUAUACCAAACCCCUACGGUCAUAGUGCUGCUCCUGAAUCUGGGUUUCCUUUUGUGCAUAAUGUGGGUGCUUAUCACAAAACUGCGUUCGGCCAACACUGUCGAAACUCAGCAGUAUCAUAAAGCGGCCAAGGCUCUACUAGUACUUAUGCCCUUACUGGGCAUAACCUACGUCAUCACCAUCUACGCUCCAACGCCUGACAGAAGUUCGAUAAAUGUGUUUGAGUGUACAAGGGCCGUGUUGCUCUCAACGCAGGGAUUCACAGUGGCACUCUUCUACUGUUUUCUCAACACAGAAGUUCAAAACACUCUCCGGCAUCAUUUCGAGAAUUGGAAGACAAGGAGAUCGUUGGGACCGAGGAGUCUUCGGUCUGGAAGUAGAAGCAAAGACUGGUCUCCGAGGUCUAGAACUGAAAGCAUUAGGUUAUAUAGUCAGCCAACCAACAUCUAUCACAAAAGGGAAUCGUGUGCUUCGGAAAUUACCACCACCACUAUUGUUACUGUAAAUGGGGGAGGCAAUAGACCCACUAACGGCACCCCCAAAGCUCGAAGUCCCUUUCUAUACCCGCCGAGGCCAAGCUACGGGGGAAGCGUGUGAGCUUCCCGAUAUCACAGUGUGUGAAAAGGUAAAAACUGAGGAAUAUCAGAUGGUGUUUUCAAUGUUUGAUUUCAAACUCUAUUCAUUCCUUAAGAGACUAUUCAGUUAUUGUCAAAAACGGCCUCGUUGGAAAUAACUUCCUCGAAUUUUUGUACAUUGCAGGUACGAUAUGUGUGUUAAUUUUCUGAAAACGGUUUGUUUUGUUAAUGGAUUCGACCAACAAGUUGACAAAAAUUUAGUUUUUCUACUACAGGGAUUUUUAAACUUCUAUCUAGGAAAGUUCGUUCAUAAACUCACGAAACUUAUAAUGAAAUCUUGACACUAAACAUAUUUUAGCAUAAGAUAUAAUAUGUAUAAUGGCGUAUUUCAAAAAUCAAACUGUGACACAUAUAACCACCACAUAAGAGCACUGUAAAUAUAAGUUAUUAUAGUUUUUUCCCACUGUGCUGCUAGCAAAUAGUGUGUAUCUUGAUACAGGUGAUUAAAAAAAUUGAAAUUUUUUGAUAUUUGCCUGGUUUUUCUCAUAUUUUUUUCUGUGUUGUCCUAUGCUAUCCUGCUAUAUUCAGUUUAAAUAAACCAGUGACAACAGGAGAAUCAUAUAUAGCUGACAAUAAGCUAUCGAAGCAGAAACACACACUCUUAUUAAUUUUUAUUUACUGUCAGCUUGCAUAAUAAGCAGACAUUCUUUCUAGAUAACUUUUUUGAAUAUUCUUUACUUUAAUGAAAUUAUCGAACAAUGUAAUAUGUACUAAAAACUAACCUUGUAUAUUUAAUGAUAACAUUUUUGGAAAUAAGAAAUAUUUUGAAAUACGUUAUUGAAGACUUCUUGAAAAAAUCGUAACAAACUGGAUGAUAAUACCAUUUUUGUAAGAGUUCAUUAACGACUUUUAAAAAUUUACCAAAAAAGCUUUUAGAAUUUUCUUUAUAGGUAGACUUCGUUUAUCUUCUUUUAAACAUCCUGAAACAUAUUAUAUUGAAUACACCGCACGUUUCUAUUAAGAAUAAUAUUAAAGAAAUACAAAUGAUUUUUAAACAAUUAAAUAUUUUGAAUAUUUUUUUAUAUACUGACAAACCUACCAUAUUACAUUUUUGUGUAUAUGUUACAGUUCAAGUUGAUUAUCCAGUUGGAG